UGGAGGUCGGCGCCCCCUGCUGCCCGCCUGGAGGUCGACGCCCCCUAGAUCCUGCUCCCUCUGAAGGUUUGUUCAUAAUUGUAAUUUAUAUGGUACAAGAUUUUGGCCAUAUCAUUGAUUAUUGAUGCACUUUAUUACUUUGUCUGUAAUCUGUUGAACAAUUGAACUAUAAAGAGUAAUGGGGAUAUUGCUAAGAAAAGCUUCAGUCAAAGCUAAGAAAAGAAAUAAGUUGGAUGAUACUCUUUUGUAUGAUUGUCUUUGUCAAAUUCAUUGAGCGGGAUAGUUUCUUUUAGGUGGAUGAGAAUGACAUAAUCGAGUGGAGCUGUUGUUUGGAGUGCACCCACCCGAACCACCGGAAGACACGAAGGAUAAGAGGCCUACGAAAGUGACCUUAGCUUGGUUGACACAACAUUUUGGUACACCACCUGGAGCGGAUGCUAAUGGCGGGACGGUUGCUAGGUUCGCUCGGGCAUGGCUAUGGCAUUUGAUCGCCGGGUUUCUAUUUCCUGAUUCGAGUGGGAACACAAUCUUAUGGAUGUGGCUAGAACUAAUUGGUCAAGACUAGGACAACAUUGCCACUUUCAGCUGGGGGAACGCAACACUUGGGUGGUUGUACCGUCAGCUGUGUGAUGCUUAUAGGCGGAGCAAAGAUAGUGCAAAUCUUGGUGGUUGUGCUUACCUAUUGCAACUGUGGAUGUGGGAGCGCCUUCCUGUUGGCCGGCCGGAGCGUUAUGCUCAUGGAGUUACGCCAUUAUACGAGGGAGAGGUUGUGGCUACAGUGGGUUGGUUAUGGAACAAUAUUGGUACCGUGCACGGUAAUCCAGGAAGGCGGUACAUAGACUACAGCAAUGCCCUUGAUUGCCUAAAUGCUGCACACGUUGAAUGGCAACCAUACAAUCGCAUGGAGGUGCAAAACAUGAAUCUUAGUCCGCAAUGCAUGAGGGAUAAUGAAUACUGGCGCUCAGUUUGCCCUCUUAUUUGCUAUUACAUUGUUGAGUACCACCUUCCAAAUCGGGUGAUGCGCCAAUUUGGAAUACUUCAGUCUUGUCCGCCUGAGUAUAUUAAUACUAGCCAUGAGUUGCACGCAACUGAUCGACGGAAGCAUCGGGGUGCCAAAAACUGGGAGGUGAAGCACCUUGCAUAUGUGAAUGCUUGGAAUGGUCGAGGCAACAACAUAGUUUAUGGUGGCCCUGUUCACCGUGAGGCCCAAUUCAAUAUAUAUUUGGACUGGUUGAAGCAAAACACACGGCUAAAGCUCAAGGCUGCAUUGGACAACACCCACAUCGAGGAUCUACCUUCGGACCCCGAAGAUGUCUUUGCCGAAUAUGAUGCUCACACGAGAAUGGGUACGCAGCCCGAGCGAGGACCCUUUGAAGACUACAUUGGGCAGCAACUUAGUCGUUUUGAUAACGAGGCGGGACAAGCGUUGAGGGUGCCAAUAGGAUCUCCGGAUGAGGCCACCGUGCUGAGGGGAUUCUUACAGAGGUUUAGACGGGGUUGCCGAAAAAUAGCAUUCAAACUGAACUGCAUAGAGGGACAAGGACAACCAGCGGCCGAUGAUGGUGAACCUUCCGGGUCACGCCAUCGCGGUACAAGAAGCACGAGUACUUCAUUGGGCACCUCAUCUACAGGUGGGACAUUAGCAAUGAGGACGUCGCAGCCGAUCCGGUGCUCUCAGUAUUAG